AAACGCUAAGCAGAUCUGUCAAUUCCGUCUCAAAGUCUCUUUGCUGAUCCACAUUCGGUUAUCCAUCUGAACAGGUCUCAUUCAUAGAAAGCAAUAGCAUUCUCCACCUACUCUUCACGCGCAUUUAUGCUCACCUAUUCGACGUAAGUCCCCAACCAACACUUCACUCCUACUCCUACACCCAUGCAUCGUUAUAAGCCUUCUGCGUUCCGUUACACGGUUAACACAUUCCUGAAUCCCGGUCUUCAAAUUCGUCUCUGAUGUCUCUCCAACUUAGAAUGCAUUGCUAGAAACAUAUUUUUGUUUCUUUUAAUGGCUUUGAAGGCUAUGGUUGCUUUUGGGUGCUCAAGUCCUCACGAUUUGGGGUCUAAGCCAUCUGAGUUGGCAUUGAGUUGGAUUAAUGGAUCAGGGGAAGUGUGCAAAUGGAUUCGUUUUGGUGGCUUCUCGAGUUUCUCGGCUUGCCGGGCCAUACGGUCCGUAGAAGACGGGAACACGUCGAAGCGGGGCACCGAGUUGCAACGAGUAAUUGAACAGACGGGGAACGAUGUUUCAAUGAGAUUGCAAAAGGAUUUGAGCUCAUUGCCAAAACCAUUAUCUGUAUCUGACCUUUCUAGUACUGCUGAUGAUGGUUCGAAGGUGCGAAUAUCAUUCAAGGGGUUUCCAGGGUCAUAUAGUGAGGAUGCUGCACUCAAAGCCUACCCUAAAUGUGAAACUGUUCCUUGUUACGAGUUUGAAGAUGCAAUUAAGGCUGUUGAACUAUGGCUGGCUGAUAAAGCAGUUCUCCCAAUUGAGAAUUCUUCAGGUGGAAGUAUCCAUCGCAAUUAUGAUUUACUCCUUCGUCAUAGGCUUCAUAUUGUAGGUGAGGUGCAGUUGGCUUUUAAUCUCUGCCUUCUAGCCCUGCCAGGUGUCAGAGCAGAGCACUUGAAACGUGUUAUAAGCCAUCCACAGGCACUCUCCUCAAGUGAUAUUCUCCUGAGUAAGUUAGGUGUUGCCAGGGAAAAUAUGGAUGAUACAGCUGGGGCCGCUCAGUAUGUAGCCUCAAACUGUCUGAGAGAUGCUGGUGUUGUUGCAAGUGCUCGAGCUGCAGAAAUCUAUGGGCUUAACAUACUUGCUGAAGGAAUCCAGGAUGACUCUGAUACUGUUACUCGAUUUCUGGUACUUGCAAGGGAUCCAAUAAUUCCAAGAACUAAUAAGCCAUUUAAGACAAGCAUUGUGUUUACUUUGGAUGAGGGCCCUGGAGUUUUAUUUAAAGCCUUGGCAGUGUUUGCACUGAGGGACAUAAAUUUGACAAAGAUUGAAAGUCGGCCACAGCGUAAACAACCAUUAAGGGUAGUCGAUGACUCCGACACAGGGAGUGCCAAAUAUUUUGACUACCUGUUCUAUAUUGAUUUUGAGGCUUCCAUGGCAGAGCCCCGUGCACAAACUGCUUUAGGACAUUUGCAGGAAUUUGCAACAUUCCUUCGCAUACUUGGUUGCUAUGCCAUGGAAACAAUUCUAUAGUUUAUGUAUUCUUUGCAGCCUUCUUGUGUUAAGCCUUUGGCCUGGAGGGUUUGUCCAAUUUAUGAAUGGGCUUUGAGGUCUCUGUGUAGACGAGGAAGGCUACUUCACCACCAGUUUGUGUUUGAUGACACGGAUUGAAUGGUUGGUCUCAAAUCCCUUACUGCUUAACAAAAAAUGAGCCAUUUGUUACCAUGGACGUGGGAGGAGGGAUGAUCUUUCUGUCUCUUUUAUUUGAGCAUGAUGGAUUUUCUAUUAAAGACAAUAUCAAGGAUUUUGGGACACAUAGGAUUCUACAAAGAACAUAAUAAUUUCAAAUCCAUGCUUGGAAGCAAUUGGGUGCUUGGGGAGUUUUUGACCGUAAUCAA